UUUAGUGAGAAGGCCGCAGGUUCGAUCCCCGGCAGCGGCAGCGAAAGAGACCCCUGGAAAAACGGCGAGGGAAGAAGGUGACCCUUCUCCGUUCCACUUGUUGCUGUUUUGCUGGAGGGAUGGGAAGGGUUGGGAGACAGCAGUUACUUGCGACCACCCUAAAGGGAAGUGGAACCGGGACCCCAAACCUGACGCCCCUCUGCGGGUUCCGGACUCCUCGCGACGCGUCGGCCGGGAAUCUCUCGGGGCGCUCCGGGCUCCGCGCAUCUGUGUUGUGCCUUGGGGGGGGGGUCCCUUUCGGCUGCAGAGACGGACAGAGGGAGGCCGCCUAAGGGUUAAAGGACGCGAGGGACGCCUGGAUAGAGACCCCCCCCCCUGCUCUCCCCCCUCCCUGCGAGGCUCCUGCGAAUGGAGAUGUGGGCGCGCUCGGGAGAGACUUGGCGCGCGCAGGGCGAGGGGUGAGCUGUGCCGAGGGAGGUUUCUGGGCGCAGGAGAGUUUCAGGGAGGGAGGGCAGAGGGUGCGGGGGGGGCGGGAAUGGAAGCAUCCCUGGGCCAAGAACAAGAAAAGCCCAAUCGAGCAGUGUUGGGGGGGGGUGGAGACAGAGAACGGGUCCGCUGCCUACUCGACCCUCCCAUAAUAUUUUAUUCAAUUUGGCACCCCUGCCUGGAGGGGUCUUCCUCGGCUUCUCCCUCCUGCUGCCUAGGAAUCUGACUCUGCUCCAAGUCCGCUGAGAGAUGGAUCUCCGAAAAAGCGAGUGGGUCCAAAUCACACACCCGUUCCUUCCUGGGAGCUGAAUUUGUGACUGAAUCACUGUCUUUGGAUAAAACUUCAAAAUGUUGAGUUGCUUUGCAGGCAGACACAAAUUCCUUCAGGUGUUGCGAAGAUGCAGCAAGAAGCAGGAUAGAGAGGGGCAGAGUUAGGCUUCCCAUAUGUCAGGAAAAUUCCUCACAUGUCCUUGGUUUUGGGGUGUAAAAAUGGCAUUGUGAGUGAAUUUGGCAACAUCUCAGGGGAAACCCUAGGGAGAAUUAAUUUUGAUUUUUUUUAAGUGGAAAAGCUAGUUUUUCGGCAAAUAUAUGGUUGUUGUUGUUUAGUCGUUUAGUCGUGUCCGACUCUUCGUGACCCCAUGGACCAUAGCACACCAGGCACUCCUGUCUUGCACUGCCUCCCGCAGUUUGGUCCAACAUCAGGGUCUUUUCCAAGGAUUAUUUUUCUUUACAGCAUCGGACUUUCCUUUCGCUUCCAGGCAUAUCCGCAACUGAGCGUCCUUUUGGCUUUGGCCCAGCUGCUUCAUCAGCUCUGAAUCUACUUGUAUUUGUCCUCCGCUCUUCCUCAGUAGCAUGUUGGACGCCUUCCGACCUGAGGGGCUCAUCUUCCAGCGUCAUAACUUUUAUAUGCCUGUUGUCUUUGUCCAUGGAGUUUUCUUGGCAGGGAUACUGGAGUGGCUUGCCAGUUCCUUCUCCAGGUGGAUCACGUUUAGUCAAAACUCUCCACUAUGACCUGUCCAUCUUGGGUGGCCCUGCAUGGCAUAGCUCAUAGCUUCUCUGAGUUAUUCAAGCCCCUUCGCCACGACAAGGCAUUGAUCCAUGAAGGGGAAAUAUAUGGUACAGGGCCUUAUAAUGAGACCAGAGUGAGUAAGAAAAGGCCUGCAUAACUGAGGCAUUGUGUCGUUUAUUCUUUCUAUGAUGUUUACAUCAAGUUCCUGGAAGUAAAGCUUUUAAACUCAGUCCACUCAGUAAAGCAUGAGACUCUUAAUCUCAGGGUUGUGAGUUGGAGACCCAUGUGUGGCAAAACAUUCCUGCAUUGCAGGGGGCUAGAUUUAUUUUCUUUUUUUAAAGGAACACGGGAGAAGGGAGCAUGUAUGAAAUGUUAAAGAAAUGUUAACACAAGAGAAGGUGCCAUUGCUUUGUUCCCUCUCUUGAAACACUAACAGGAUUUCCUUUCCCCCAACUCCCAACCAGGUGAUGGAGAAGGCAGUCAGAAUUCAAAGGGGCCAUCAGAGAUUUCAUUAGGAAUAAAAAUGAACUCAAACAGUGGAGACACCAUUUAAACAAGGUAUGGAUUAUGAAAAGGACUUCUGUGGGAGUGGAAUUCCUUCAAAACAUCAAGGAACUCACACAGGGGAGAAACCAUAUAAAUGUAUGGAGUGUGGAAAGAGAUUCCUUUUGAGUAAGCACCUUAAUACACAUCAUCGCACUCACACUGGUGAGAAACCAUUUAGAUGUAUGGAGUGCGGAAAGACCUUCAGUCAGAGUGGAAACUUUAAAAGACAUCAGCGAACUCACACUGGGGAGAAACCAUUUAAAUGCAUAGAAUGUGGAAAGUGCUUCAAUGAUAGUGGAAACCUUACAAACCAUCAACGAACUCACAAAGAAGAGAAGCCAUUUAAAUGCAUAGUUUGUGAAAAGAGCUUCAAUUGUAGUGGAAACCUUAGAAGACAUAAGCGAAUUCACACAGGGGAAAAGUCAUUUAAAUGUAUGGCGUGUGAAAAAACCUUCCGUGAAAGGGCAAAACUUAACAUACACCUACGAACUCACACAGGGGAAAAACCAUUUAAAUGCAUGGAGUGUGGAACAUGCUUCCGUCAUAGAGAAUCACUAAGACUGCAUCAAUAUACUCAUACAGGAGAUAAACCAUAUAAAUGUUUUGAGUGUGGAAAAUGCUUCAGUCAGAGUGGAAGCCUUAAUGUACAUCUACAAAUUCACACAGGGGAGAAACCAUUUAAAUGCAUGGAGUGUGGAAAAUGCUUCAGUCAGAGUGGAACGCUUAGAAGACACCAGCAAACUCACACAGGGAAAACCAUUUAAAUGAACGAAUGGAUGAAUCUUUCUUUGCGUCAGCCAUUGGCCAUAGCGAUAAAACAACAAUACAAUAUACAAAGAGUAGAAAUAAAAAGUUAAUUAUAUAAAAUACAUUUCGGGGCUUUGAAUCAAUAGUCAAGUGGUGGAUCUUAUUCUGAUUGCCCCAGCUGAAAACCUUGCAACCUUUGCUGUCACCUGCUCAUCCUGUUCUGCUAAGAGAAAGGACAAUGUGGCAGUGGUUGGGCAAUGCAGAAUGGACAAUAAAAGAGAGGUGAUAAUCUCAUUCCUCAAGCCUCUAUAAAGAGGGCAAGCCAGGAGGGCAUGUGCCACCGAUUGGGGACUGCCAUAUCCACAGGGAGAUUUUUCAUUUGGAAUAUGUUGGAAUUGUCCCUCAAGUACAGCCGAGGUCAAUACAUUCAAUCUUACGAGAGUAAAAGCGCACCUAUAAUUUAGAAUUGCUAGGUUAUGCAGAUAGGGUGCCAGAGAGUUGAAAUGGGAAGGUGGAGAAUAGUCAUACCAUGAGCAAAAUUUCCUUAUUGUGCCCAAAUUUAAAUGUAUGUGUGGUUGCAAAAUAACCACAUCUGGAGGAUGUGGACCAUUUGGACUGCAUUUGUUUCAGUUUGGUUUCAGGUCCUGCCAUUGGACUGAGACUGCCCUGGUGGCGCUGGUUGGUUAUCUCUGGCGGGCUAGGGACAGCUGUUUCCUGGUUCUGCUGGAUCUCUCAGUGGCUUUUAAUAACAUUGACCAUGGAAUCCUGUUAGCUAUUUGCGAUAAAAAAUAUAUGCCUUAUCAAAUUCACUGAUUAUGGUUCUUUACUGUUCAGGCUGGCAAUAGUUGAACCACGAGUAUUAUUUACAAACUCCUUCAGUCAUUGUGUACACAAAGUCCCUACACCUCUCAGCAGUCAAGACACAGUGAUCUGAAUUAACCAAGCAUGUGCCACCUCGUUUCCCCAAUGCCACCUGUGCUUUGUGAAAUACAUUCCCAAGGAAAUGACAUUACAAUGGCUAACAUAUCCUCCUGGACGGUCUAGGAGGGUUGGGAGUUAGGGGCACUGUUAGGCAGUGGUUCCACUCCUUCCUUCUGGGCCGUGUCCUGAAAGUAGUUUGGGGGUGACCCCUGGGUGCUCACUUGUGAGGUGGCUCAGGGCUCCAUCCUCUCCCCACACUUUUUAACAUUGCCUUCCCUCUGGGUGGUGUAAAUCCCAAAAGCUGAAACCUCUACAAAAAUAGCCCUUCGCCAUCACUUUCAGUUCCCAUGCAACAAUGGCAGGGGCUACUAUUCCGCUUGUAGCUCUAUGGCAGGGGUCAGCAAACUUUUUCAGCAGGGGGCCGGUCCACUGUCCCUCAGACCUUGUGGGGGGGGCGGACUAUAUUUUGAAAAAAAUAUAUGAACGAAUUUCUAUGCCCCACAAAUAACCCAGAGAUGAAUUUUAAAUAAAAGGACACAUUCUACUCAUGUAAAAACAUGCUGAUUCCCGGACCGUCCAUGGGCCGGAUUUAGAAGGGGAUUCGGCCGCAUCAGGCCCCCGGGCCUUAGUUUGGGGACCCCUGCUCUAUGGGCCUUGAGAUCCAAAAUGAACCUGAAGUGUCACCCCUAAAUCAGACAUUUCUGGGUCAAUUAGGCGAAGCUGGUGGGGUGUGUGUGUUUGAAAAGGGAGGAGGGGUGACAGUGGACAAUCUGUCCCCCUCUUUAAAUUGCAGUACAGUGGUACCUCUGGUUACGAUUUUACAGUAAUUCGUUCCGGAGGUCCGUUCUUAUCCUGAAACCGUUCUGAACCUGAGGUACCACUUUAGCUAAGGAGGCCCCCUGCUGCCACCAGGCCGCCGCGGCAUGAUUUCUGUUCUCAUCCUGAAGUUAAGUUCUUAACCUGAGGUACCGGUACUACUUCCCGGUUAGCGGAGUCUGUAACCCAAAGUGUUUGUAACCCGAGGUGUUUGUAACCAGAGGCGGGUGGCAAGGGAAGACAAAAAUAAGAUGCUGCAUGGGGGAAGGUGGUGGUGAGAGGGAGGAGGGGGGAGAAAAGGACAAAGGGACUUCCCCACCCCCAAAACGCCUCUGCUGGGACCCAUUGGCAGGGACCUGGAUGCCCGCAGUCCAGCUGCCAAGUAAGGAACCCAGAACUGCAGGGUCUGCAUUGCACCAUCUCCUUUGAAGAAUCACACAUGUUUCUUUUUCUCCUUGAAGGCAUAACAACAACAAUUUUUUUGAACCCAGCCACUUAUGAAUACAUAAUAAAACAUUAAACCUUAAGCUUCCCUAUUCAGGGCUGCCUUCAGAUGUCCUCUAAAGUUUAAUAAUAAUAAUAAUAAUAAUAAUAAUAAAUAUCAUUUGUUUUAUCAUGGUAUGUUGGCGGAGACCCUACCUGUCUGCAGACUGCCUUGCCAGUGGUGCAUGCUCUGCUUACCUCACCCUUUGCCUAUUGCAAUGCGCUCUUUGUGGGGCUACCUUUGAAGGUGACUCGGAAACUACAACUAAUCCAGAAUGCAGCCGAAGACUGGUGACUGGGAGUGGCUGCCGGGACCAUAUAACACCAGUCCUAAAGGAGGUAAAUUGAGUCCCGGUACGUUUCCGAGUAGAAUUCAAACUGUUGGUGCUGACCUUUAAAGGCCUAAACGCCCCACCCCCACCCCCAUCGUUUAGCCCAGACACAGGUCCUCUUCCAAGGGUCUUCUGGCGGUUCCCUCAGUGGGAGAAGCAAAUUUACAGGCAACUAGGUAGAGGGCCUUCUUGAUAUUGGCACCCUCCCUGUGGAACACCCUUCCUUAAGAUGUCAAGGAGAUAAAGAUUUACAAAAGUUUUGGCACGUAUUGUUUAGGGAAGUUUUUAGUGCUUGGUGUUGUACUAUUUUUUUUACUAUUUUUUGUUGGGAGCCACCCAAAGUGGCUUGGGAAACCGAGUCAGGUGGGUGGCCUACAAACAAUAAAAUUAUUAUUAUUAUUAUUAUCAUCAUCAUCAUCAUCAUUAUCAUUAUAGGCGCCCCUAUGAAGUCUCCCAUCUCCAAACAGAAGCCCCCAAACAAGCGCCCCACGGGACGCACCCCCCAUUUCCCCCUGGCAGGAAUCCCAAGGGCGCUCCUGGCUGCGCGCGCCUCUUUUGGCUGGAGAGAAGGAGAGUUCAUGGAAGGGGUUACGGAAGCGAGAGGGCCGAGAUGCCUAGAGAGGCCUUGAAAGAGACCCCUCCCUCACCAACUUCCGUCUCUUCCCCCCUCCCCCCUCGUCUUGGGAGGCUCCUCCGGAUGGAGAGGUCGGUGCGCUCGAGAGAGAUUCUGCGCGCAGGGCGAAGGGAGAGACACUUAUUCACAAGUCUAAGCACAUCUUACAAGAAAAAGAAAAAUACAUAAACGUGAAGGGGAAAUUUGGAGGAUUUCCUUUCCCCUUACUCCAAAUCAAGCAAUAGAGAAGACAGAACAAUCUGUACUUUCAUAAGGAAUCAUGAACAAACCAUUUAAAUUUGAGGAAUGUACAAUGCGAUUCAGUUAGUAAAAACCCUUACAUCACCUCAAUGAAGUGAAACAGUGGAGACACCAUUUGAAGGCAUGGAUUGUGGAAAGGACUUCAGUGGGAGCGGAACUCCUACUAAACAUCAAGGAACUCACACAGGGGAGAAACCAUUCAAAUGUAUGGAGUGUGGAAAGAGCUUCAGUCGGAGUGGAGCCCUUAGAAGACACCAGCGAACUCACACAGGAGAGAAACCAUUUAAAUGUAUGGAGUGUGGAAAGAGCUUCAGUGACAGCGGAAAACUUGGAAGUCAUCAUCUAACUCACACAGGGGAGAAACCAUUUAAAUGCAUGACGUGCGGAAAGAGCUUCAGGGAUAGGGGAAAGCUUACCAUACAUCAACGAACUCACACAGGAGAGAAACCAUUCAGAUGUAUGGAUUGUGGAAAGAGCUUCAGUUAUAGUGAAACCCUUAGAAUACAUCAGCGAACACACACAGGGUCAACACCUUUUAAAUGCAUAGAGUGUGGAAAGACCUUCAGAGAGAGUGGAUCGCUUAGAAGACAUAAUCGAAUUCACACAGGGGAAAAACCAUUUCAAUGCAUGGAGUGUGGAAAGAGCUUCAUUUGCAGUGGACAACUUAAAAACCAUCAACAAAUUCACACAGGGCAUAAACCAUUUAAAUGCAUAGAGUGUGGAAAGAGCUUCAAUUAUAGUGGAAACCUUAGAAGACAUAAGCGAACUCACACAGGAGAAAAACCAUUUAAAUGCAUGGAGUGUGGAAAGAGCUUCAGUUGCAAUGGAGACCUUAAAAGCCAUCAACAAAUUCACACAUGGGAAAAACCAUUUAAAUGCAUAGAGUGUGGAAAGAGCUUCAGAGACAGUGGAACGCUUAGAAGACAUAAUCGAAUUCAUACAGAGGAAAAACCAUUUAAAUGCAUGGAGUGUGGAAAAAGCUUCAAUUGUAGUGGAAACCUUAGUAGACAUAAGCGAACUCACACAUGGGAAAAACCAUUUAAAUGCAUAGAGUGUGGAAAGAGCUUCCGUGAUAGCGGAACGCUAAGAAUCCAUCAGCGAACUCACACAGGGGAGAAACCAUUUAAAUGCAUGAAGUGUGGAAAGAGCUUCAAUUGUAGUGGAAACCUUAGAAGACAUAACCUAACUCACACAGGGAAAACCAUUUAAAUGCAUGGAGUGUGGAACAUGCUU